AUGGCGGUCAAGCAACCGAUUGUGGCCUUGUUUGGCUACGACUCGUCAGCAUUCACAACCAAAAUCCGCUUGAUCUUGAAGCUCAAACAGAUACCGUAUACCUACAUCCAGGUGCCCACGAUGAUGCCGAGACCGACUUUGCGAGACAACUUCCAUCUCACAUAUCGAAAGAUUCCAGUUCUCGCGCUGGGACGAGAUGUGUAUUGCGAUACUUCCCUAAUCAGUGAAGCACUUGAACACUUCUUCCCUCCAUCAGAAGGAUACCGAUCAAUAUAUCCCAGAGCGAGGGACGGAUCGAACUACCGACCGAUGAUGCGCGGCUUCGCUAGCUAUUGGGUCGACAGGCCGUAUUUCCGAGCGACGUGCGGACUCAUGCCUGCGAGCAUCUGGCGUUCUUCGUUCGGCGUCGAUCGUGCUGCUUUGAUCGGCCACAAACUAGACCCCGACAAGCUCGAGAAGAAGCUGCCAGAGAAUCUGUUGAAGCUCGAUAUGCACCUGUCGAUUCUGGAACCCAUGCUGGCAGAAUCAGAGGGUCCCUGGCUCUUCUCCACAGCAACACCCUCUUUAGCAGAUGUUGCACUGUACUACCAGACUCUUUGGGGUACGGAGAUUGCCGCGGGUCGCUAUAUUGAGAACAUCACCAUGGGCCAGACUCCAGACGAGACGAAUGAAGGCGCAAAGCCAGUCUUCAACGACGAACGAUACCCAGGUGUCUUGAGCUGGUUCCACAGGAUGCAGCGCUACUUCGACGAGCUUCAUUCGGUUGAAGAUCAGGAGACAAAGCUGAAAAGUGUACUUGAGCAAAUGAAGCAGAGCCCGGCCCUGGGCCCGAAAUCGUUACUGCUGCCCACGCCAAGGGCAUCCCAUGCCAAACUUGACGAGAAGACUGGUCUCAAGAAGGGUGCGCUCGUAUCCGUGGCUCCGGACGACACGGGAAGAGACGAUCCGACUAUAGGGACAUUGAUUGCCCUAUCUCCCGAAGAAGUCGUCAUUCAGCCUCAAGCGCUCGAGAAUCCUGCAACUGUAGAGACACGCAUCCAUUUCCCAAGGCUCGGUUUCGUCGUUCGUCCGGUCAAGGACAAGGCGAAUCUGUAG